CCUUGGUUAUCCUUGGUGAGCGAUAUUGUUGUCUUUGGUGGUACGGUUUAAAAAUUUUGAUUUUAUUAAAAAACAUUGUUUUGUGUUGUUCACAUUCAGCUAUUGUUCGUAUAGUUGCUUGCUGUACAAAAAAAUUCAAAUCAAAACUUUCAAGUGAAAAUGGCUGCCUUAAUUGUACAAUCGCGUUUCGCUGGUCUUAACAUUGAAGAUGAUGAUUUUCCCGCAUCGAGUUGCGCCCAAAAGCCUAAGAAAACUAAAGUAGAAAAUAAAAAGUGCGAAGUAACUAAAAAAACAAAACCUAAUGGCAACAAGUCUCAGAAUGCAAACAAGAAAAAAAAGCAGAAGGCAAAUGGUCCGACACCGGAGCAGUGGGAGCAAUGGAAGGAAAAGGAUGAGGAACUUGUUGAUGGUAAUUUUGAAACUGAAUUACAACAAGCAAUUCUUUUAUCCAAACUUGAUUAUGAAGAAAAGAAAGAUGUGUACAAAAGAUUAAAGAAGGAUGCAGAAAUGGAGAAGAAGAUGGAAUCAAUCCGGACUAAUAAUAAAAAAAUGAAAAAGAAAAAUGUUAUGAGCUUGGAUCAAUUUAAUGGAAUGGUCAACCCAACAGAAGAAACUAAAAACAUUCAAAAUCAUGAAAUAGUUGAAGAAGAAAAAUCUCUCAAUAAAGACACAGAGUUUUUCGAAAGAAUCAAAGAUGACACUAAAAAUGAGUUACUCAGAGAGAAGAUUAAUGAUAGAAUCAAAAACCAGCACACAGUUUCUGAUGAAGUGUUAACAAGAGUUCAGUUUGCUGAUGCUUUGGAGAAGAAGAAUCAAGAAAUAGCAGUGUUACGUGAGGAACUCGUCAAUCUGAAACGGGAAUUACACACAGUGAAGUCAAGAAAUAAAAAACUCUGUAAUAUUCUUGGACAAGGAGAAAUGAAAGAUAAAGCAGAAUUACUAAUAGAUGUGGAGAAACUGCACUCGGUGAACUCUGAGCUGACCGCGGAGCUGGCGUCGCUGCACUCUGAUCUCGAGAAGGAACGUUCCAGAAAUACAGAUACUAAAUCUAGAGAUAAAAAAUAUCCAAAUAAAAAGAAAAGCAUUCGUUUUGAUGUGUCAUCAGAGGCUCUCGUUACAAAGGAGGCUGGCUGCGGGACGGAAUGACAAACAAAUGUUGAUAUACCAACAGCUGAAUAUUAUAAAGAUAUAAAAUAUAUAGAUGAAUAAGUUCUCAUUUUAACACAAUAAUGGUAGGCUGAUAUAGUAUUUGUUAAUAUUUAAUAUAGUUUCACACGAGGGUGGAAUAGUAAGACAUGCAUAGUAGCGCGAAAGUACAUCUUUGUACUUUUAAAAAAUAGCAGUACUGUUGUUUGCUGUUCUCAAUAGGCUACCCUCGUGUGAAAACCAUAAAAUUUAUUAGCUUUUCUCUGUAAGCUAUGGGAUUUCUAAAACGACUCAUUACUUUUACAGCCUAAUCAUUUUAUAGACAACUUCUACUAUUUUGGUCUACCAUAAUUGAGCAUAAAAUAGAGAGCUUAAUUUAUUUAAAGAUAAAAAUCUCAUAGAUCUAUCUUCACUUUAUCUAUUUUAAAAAUUUUCUUAGUGAAGUGAUUUUUUUUACGAUUAUUCCAUGGCCGUAAAUACGUAUUGUGAUUGAUGUAGUACUCGCAUGCGAGGAAUAAACAAGCAUAUUUUGAUAUGAUUAUGAUAUUUUAUUUAUUGUGAUAUGAAUGUGUGGUGUGUUUCCAUUGUCGACAUCUGUAUAAAAACAUGUCAAUGUUUGUAAAAAGCAUGAUACGAUUUUAUACCUUUAUAAUUGUUAUUUAAUUAUUUAAUAAUAUUUUCCAGUAUCAAAAUUUCUCUGGAUUAACUUAUAUUUAGGGUGGUUUUGUUUUGAAUCAAAGAAAAUUUAAACCCUGAAUUAACACUAGUCUGCCUUGUGGCUGUUUUAUGCAAUAGGAAAAUGAGGAUAAAUGAAAAAUAAUAUAAAACAUCGUAUGAUUUUAUUCCGAUCCUUAAUUAUACACAAUUGUAAUUAUUAAGUGACAGCGAUACGUGUUGCAUUUGUAAAUGUAAAAUUAAUAAAAUAUAACAUUCGUAACUAAUGGUUAGUUUUAAUGUACCUCAAAUUAAAAUUGUGUAUCAAAAGAUCUACAGAAAAUAUUCCCUGACGAAUCUUAGAACUGAAACGUCAGGAAUCAACUUUACAUAACUACAGUUAGAUAUUACUGGAUAAAUAGAGAAUACUAGCGUUACAAUUAUGCUCCGUCGGUUAAAAUGAGGACAAACAUUGUUAUAAAUAAAUAUCUUCCGUAAAAUGACGCGUUUUCACUGGUUUUUAUACAUAUUAGUCUUAUCAAAAUCAAGUAGUGGGUUAAAUGUUACAUAAAAAUGUUUACGACACAUUUUGAAUAGAUGCAAGAUGGCGUGCGGCGGUCGCGUCACGUGACUACUGACUAGGCACAACGAACACCAGCGCUGACGCUAUCCGUAUCCAUUGUGAUCCGCACCAAUCCAUUCGUACAAACAUGAAUUGUGCAGUAUUUAUUAGUAUUACCUAUAGCUUACAAUGUACUUAUAAUACGAGUGUCAUAUUGGCAGUAAUCGUGUUUAUGGCAACGUGAAUUUGAAUUAAAAUAUAUUUUUGGUCCAAAUUUUUUUACAGUACUCUACUUACGACUUUCACGUCCCGUUGUUACUUCGAAGGAAUACAUACACCACAUUAAUACUGAUGUUAUAAGAAUUUUUAAAA